AAAUAGUCGUUUGUCAGCAAAAUUAACAUUAUUGACAUUGGUAAACAAUUUGAAAUUAUAAACAAACCACCUUACAUGUCACAAAACAAUCAAUAGGCAAGUUCAGGUAAAAGGUGAUCUCUGAUUUGAAAUAUAUAUUAUAAUCUUCACCUGUGAAACGAGUGCUGUGUUGUUGACGAAAACUAUGGGUGUUGAAAUGACAAAUUGUUGUGGAUUCAGCCUGAAACAUGGAACCAUAAUAAUCGGUGUGGUUCAAAGUAUAAUUGCUUUCAUGUUCCUGGUUCUGGCAGCUGCUUAUGCAGAAAAUCCUCACGAGCUAAUUGACAUGUCUGAUCCCUCUAUUGUUCCUGACUUGAGCGUUUUGAGGGGUAUUCUGAUUGGAGUUGCUGUGCUGAAUGGCCUUUUAUGUGUGUUCUCAAUACUUUUGAUAAUAGGAGCUGAAACAAAUCGUCCUGCAUUACUCCGACCAUGGUUGGUUCUGAAUCCAGUAGCUCUCAUUCUGUAUAUUAUAUGUAACGUCGUAGCUAUAAUCCAUCACAAUAAUAUGAAUAACACGCCCUUCAUCGUGGGACAUUUUCUUCUCACCAUUAUGGCUACUCUUGUCGUCUGCUACAAGAUUCUAUGUGUCUGGAACUUCCACAAGCAUUUGAAAAGUCUCAACUUCUGAUCGACCCAAUCAUAAUUGGUUUCAGUAGCAGAUAUUAAUUCAAUAUUCUAUAUAUUCAUGAAUUGACAAACAUUGAAAUUGUGCUAUAAUUGUAUUUUGUGCAUUGACUCAGUGUUUGAAUAUUAUAAUAUCAUCGUGAUCCACACUGUUUUGAGGAAGCAACUUCUCAAUAAAAACAAAAAAUUUGAAUAA